AUGUCCAACCUCUACAGCUUCUCGACAGAAACACUCACGGCACUCCGCAAGUUCCGCUUUGGAAGUGCUCGCGUGCUGUCAAUGCAGGCCAUUAUAUACAUCAUCGACAAGGACACCUACGAGAUCAGAAGACAGGACGACGACAUCAUCGACAACGUGGACGAGUUGGUUGAGGAAUUGCCCGACAACACUCCUCGCUACAUCGUGUUGUCGUACCCCAUGAAGGCCAGCGACGGCCGCCUCAUGACACCUUUGGUGCUUUUGUACUGGAUCCCACCCACCUCGGGCCAGGAGAGCAGAAUGCUCUAUGCUGGAGCUGUCGAGCAGUUCAGAGAAAAGGCUGGUGUCUCCAAAUUGAUCAAGAUGGAGGAGGAGGAGGACUUCGAGGACCUCGAGGACCAGUUGAAGUAA